AUCCUAAUCGUACUGAUUUAACAGUUUGGACCGCCAGGGGUCAGAAGCAUCGUUAGGGGCGUCGUACUGGCAAAUAAUUAAUAGUUAAUCGUUGAACAAUAAUUUAUCGAGAUCAUUUCUAUUGAUUGGCGUUCUAGGUGACUUUCCUGCUAGUUGGAACGUAAGUUUUGUCAGCUAUGGCCGAGAACAUGACUCUGUUUUGGGGCUCCGGCUCUGCUCCGUGCUGGAGGGUGAUGAUAGCCCUGGAGGAGAAGAACCUCCGCGGGUACAAUCAAAAGCUGCUCUCCUUCGAAAAGAUGGAACACAAGUCACCAGAAGUUUUAGCCAUGAACCCGAGAGGACAGCUUCCUUCUUUCAAACAUGGAGACAACGUUUUAAAUGAGUCCUACGCAGCCUGUUUUUACCUGGAGAGCCAGUUCAAGAGCCAGGGGACCAAGCUGAUCCCAGAUGGCCCUGCCGAGCAAGCCCUCACCUACCAGCGCAUGUUUGAGGGCCUCGCCUUGUACGACAAAUUAGUUGCCGUUGUCUACUACGACUACGUUGUCCCCGAAGGUGAGAGGUGUGACUCUGCCUUGAAGAGGAACCGCCAAGCCCUGACCAAUGAACUCAAGCUGUGGGAGGGUUACCUGCGCAAGAAGGGAUCCCACCUGGCCGGUGCCUCCUUCUCAUUGGCCGAUGUGAUCGUAUUCCCGACCGUUGCUAAUCUUUUCCGAUUUGGGUUGGCGGCGGAGCGCUACCCAAACGUGGCUGCGUACUACGAUCUGCUGAAGGAUCGUCCCAGCAUCAAAGCCAGCUGGCCUCCGCACUGGCUGGAGAACCCCAAGGGGCAAGACACGCUCAAAGACAUCUGACAUUUACGCCACCGUCAUCUACAACCAGUUAUAAGUUUAAAAAAAAACAAAAAAACAACAACAACAACUGCACUAUUAUGAAGUAGGAUAAAAUCCCAUCAGAUAAAUGACUUGAAAUGA